AUUCUUUCCCCGCCUUUUCAGCGGAGGGUGAGGACUGAGGAGGCAGGCAACUAAUAACAUUGCCGCAGCACAUCCAAGACUCCUUCUCCCUUUUCUCUCUCUUCCGCUUAAUGAUUUUACAGAGACGAAACAGGGUUUUAGAUUUGAGAUAAGAGAUAGAGGCGAACAAGCAGUAGAAGACGACGACAAAGAAGACGACAUGGAAACCGUCACUUGGAUUCCUGAAGAUGAUCUUGUGUUAAAGAAUGCUGUUGAGAAAGGUGCUUCUUUGGAAUCACUUGCUAAAGGCACAGUUCAAUUCUCUCGCCAAUUUUCUAUUCUAGAACUGCAAGAGCGUGGCAUUCUCUUCUCUAUGACCCUGAUGUUUCUGCUGAAGCUUCUCUUCGCAUGUCCGAGCUUCAAGAAUCUGUGUCCAGCUUGUCACCAAUGUCCAGGAGAGUUGGUGUUUCCGAAGGAUAUAAGCAGGUUUAUGGGAAAAGGAAGGAAGAAAGUGUUCGUGGACAGUACUAUGCCAUGCGAAAGAGAAAUUGCACAGGACCUUGCAGUUCUGCUGAUCUAGAUUUUCCCACUCUUCAAAAUUACAUUGGUGAUGGAGGAGGGAGUCAAGAACAGUUAUUUGUAGAUGAUUAUUUUUGUGAUAAUUGCAUGAUUGGAGAUCCUGUUACAGAUGACUUUGAAAUUCCGAGUGAUAAUUGCAUGAUUGGAGAUCCUGUUACAGAUGACUUUGAACUUCCAGAUGGGGAAUUGGAUUUCUCAUCAAUGUUAAAUGCUGAAACGACUAGCGAACAUGUAUGGUACUGCUAAUAAAUUUCAAUGUGGAGACAUGGGUUCAUUUGAAGGAAAUUUUGCAAGUGAAAUAAUGGGUGGGGGUUGCUUAAAUGGUUUUGCAGAAAAUGUAUCCCCUAUCACAGCCAAUGAAGUAGUGCGAAAUGACAUAGAUCAUUCAUUUGAUCAUGAUAAUCUACACAAGGAGAUGUCACAUAUUCGCAGAGAUAGUGGGCCACUCUUUAACAUUAAACCUGAAAACAUCUGCUCCGGUUUCAGUCCACCUAUUCCAGAUAGUGUUGCUUCAUUUAGCCAAUAUCCAGAAUGGGGUGCUGGAACAUGAAGACGAUUCCAUGAAAGGGAUUCUACCCGGAUAUGUGAGAGACUGCGGUGAUAGAUUAGCAAGUUCCGAUGCUACUUUUGAGGAUUUUUCAGAUACUUUGGACUUUCUUUUUGUGGAUGACGAGAACGAGAAAGGCAUGCUAGAUGGGUCUUCGCUCGAAGGUCUGACAUCAAUGUUUUUCAGUUCUCCAAAUAAUAUUAGUGACCCUGAAGAAUCAGUGACUCUAGAUACAGGGAGGGGGUCUGACAUCAAUGCUGCAAGUCUAGUAGGUUUUCAGGUCCCACUACAUUCAGUGACCUGUGAGGUUGACGAUUCAUCAAUUGCUUUGUCGACAACCGCAUCAGUCCCAGAACCUCAAUCUCCUUAUCGGAUUAACGGGUGUAUUUGCUGUGUUUUAAAUACCGAAGACCCUGAAAUUCCAUGCAAUGAUGAUUCUUUCUUGUCUCCCAGUGAGGUGCUGCCAUCAUAUGUUUCCGCUGCAAUGCAACAUAGUUCUGGGGGUGGCUCAGUUCCAACACCUGCCAGUGACUAUGCCGCCUGUCGAAAGGCAAGCGAGCAAGGACUAAGCCAUAUCAAGGAAGAAAAGGAACAACUUGGAAUUGUAGCUUCUCCGAAGAUGGAGGUGUUACCUGAAGUUAGUUCAAAUCAUUUAGUUGACGAUUAUGGGGUUGAAUAUAAAAUAUUUGAUAGUGAAUCUCCGGAAUUGACCUUUGAGGAUGUAGUUCCUGCCGUGAGACAAUGUGGAUCAGUCCCAGAAGAGGUAUUUAUGGAAGCUGAACCGGGAAAGCAAAGUGACACCGGAAGCACUUUUGACUUUCAUUUAAGCGGGCAGAUUCAUGUUUCUGAUCAAGUAUCGCCAAUUCAUGUUUCUGAUCAAGUAUUGCCACAAAACGUUGUUGAUGGCUCUAACAAGGAGGCAGAUACUAUUUUCAUGACUGGAAGCCAUGCAUCACCUCAUGUGGAUCCCAGUUCCGUUGAAAUCGCUUCCGAGUUCAUGUUUAGUCCUUUGACAUCAGAUCAGGAAGAUCAGCUGUUCGAAGAUACUGAUGAUGUACCUUGUUUUUCUGAUGUUGAAGCAAUGAUACUUGAUAUGGACCUGGGUUCUUGCAUUCCAGAUUUGUACUCAAGUAAGGAAGCGUUAAGGCAUCAAUAUGAGCAUUCAGGGAGAGCAAUCAUAAGGUUGGAACAAGGUGCCUAUUCUUGUAUUCAGAGAGCUAUAGCAUCUCGUAGAGCAUUUGCACUUCUGUACAGCCGUCAUUUGAGGCAUUACAUUAAGAAACCCGAGGUUCUACUUGGGAGAACAACAGUAGACGUUUCUGUUGACAUUGACCUGGGAAGAGGAGAAGGGUGUGCUAAUAAAAUAUCCAGGCGACAGGCAACGAUAAAGAUGGACGAAAAUGGUUCUUUCUAUAUGAAGAACCUUGGGAAAUGCUCUGUCUUAGUUAACAGCAAGGAACUGAAAACCGGACAGCGUGUAAAACUUAGCUCGAACUGUUUGAUUGAGAUAAGUGGAAUCCAGUUCUUGUUUGAGAUAAAUCAAAUUAUCGUGAGGCAGCACUUGGAUGCAAAAGCUAGAAGACUUACUGGCAAUAGUUCAAAGUUUGAACGGUUGUCUGGAAGGGUAUCUUGAGUUGGAGGUGCUUUCUCUCUGCGCUAACUGGGGAAGGUACAAAAGAAUUUAGAUCUAAUGGAGAAGGUACAAAAUAAAUUAUCUUAAUUUUGGCCUGUAUGUGAGGGCCAUCCAAUUUUGCUGUGGUGCUAUAUCCGGUAUGUACAUUCUAUUUUCUGACUGUAAAUAAGUUGAACUCGCUUCUUUGAACUCUAGAGACAUGCCCUGGAUAAAUGAAGUUCAUUAUACACGUACUAUUUGUCGUCCCUUUUUUUUUUCUGGACAACAUAUAGUACGGGGGAAUGCUUCUGGCUGUUUCAUCAGUGUAUUAUGGACAGAAAUUUA